AUGGGUGCGUGCAGAGAGCGAGGUGGCAAAUGUUUAUGGUGGUUCGGGUGCCUGGGCAAGCACAAUGUACAAGCUGAGGAGGCACAAAUAGAGGCUGAGGAGAAGGUCUUGGGGGUGGUGGUUGAUGAGAAACUCGACAUGAGCAGGCUUCAGGCUCUGGAUGAAGGAGAUAUUGCCUUGCUGAAAACAUAUGGCCAGAGCACGUACUCAAGGCAGAUCAAGCAAGUAGAAGAUGAUAUUCAACAACUGCUCAAGAAAAUCAAUGAGCUCACUGGAAUCAAGGAAUCUGACACUGGCCUGGCUCCUCCUGCUCUUUGGGAUCUGGCAGCAGAUAAGCAAACUCUCCAAAGUGAGCAGCCAUUGCAAGUUGCACGGUGUACAAAGAUAAUCAAUGCAGACUCUGAGGACCCCAAGUACAUUAUCAAUGUCAAGCAGUUUGCCAAGUUUGUGGUGGAUCUCAGUGACCAGGUGGCGCCUACUGACAUAGAAGAAGGCAUGAGAGUUGGGGUGGACAGAAACAAGUAUCAAAUCCAUAUCCCCUUGCCACCAAAGAUUGAUCCCACCGUCACCAUGAUGCAGGUGGAAGAAAAGCCAGAUGUCACUUACAGUGAUGUUGGAGGUUGUAAAGAGCAGAUUGAAAAGCUGAGAGAGGUGGUUGAAACCCCUCUGCUGCACCCUGAAAGAUUUGUUAACCUUGGAAUUGAGCCUCCCAAAGGAGUACUUUUGUUUGGGCCACCUGGUACGGGCAAAACACUCUGUGCCCGUGCUGUUGCUAACAGGACUGAUGCCUGCUUCAUCAGAGUCAUCGGAUCUGAACUGGUGCAGAAAUAUGUGGGAGAGGGAGCUCGAAUGGUUCGUGAACUCUUUGAAAUGGCCAGAACUAAAAAAGCCUGUCUUAUAUUCUUUGAUGAAAUCGAUGCCAUUGGAGGUGCUCGUUUUGAUGAUGGGGCUGGGGGGGACAAUGAAGUGCAACGUACUAUGCUGGAGCUGAUCAACCAGCUGGAUGGUUUUGACCCACGGGGCAACAUCAAGGUGCUGAUGGCUACGAACAGACCCGAUACACUGGAUCCAGCACUGAUGAGGCCUGGCAGGUUGGAUAGGAAGAUCGAGUUCAGCUUGCCUGAUCUUGAGGGGCGAACUCACAUUUUCAAGAUACACGCUCGUUCCAUGAGCGUUGAAAGAGACAUCAGGUUCGAGCUCCUGGCUCGGCUGUGUCCCAACAGCACAGGCGCGGAGAUCCGCAGUGUCUGCACAGAGGCCGGCAUGUUCGCUAUCCGAGCCCGCCGGAAAAUCGCCACAGAGAAAGACUUCUUGGAAGCAGUGAACAAAGUCAUUAAAUCCUAUGCGAAAUUCAGCGCUACCCCCCGCUACAUGACCUACAACUGAUCCUUUGGAAUGUCUUCCCUGUUCCGGUAGUUAAACUUCCUGGGGAACCCAAAUCCAAGUGUAGGAAUCUCUAUCUUGUUCUUGGAAGCUGGAAAUAAAUGGUAAAACAAAACA